ACCAAAACUGUAAGCAGAUCCGAUCGGAUCAGAAAAUUUCCCAGGUAGAGGAAAAAAAAAAGCAACACUCGGAAAAAUUCACUUGUUGAUUCGAAGAAGAAAUCACUUUCUUCGUACUGAAGUCUUGCUUCUGUUCCUCGGAGAGCGAGAUCGGGAUCCAAAGACGAGGAGAAAAUGGAUGCUUUACCAGAUGGAUCAUCGGAGAGAGAUAAAACAACUCCUCCUCCUUCUUCCUCCUCUCCCAUUCCCGUCGUCACCAGUUUUUGGAAAGAAUUUGAUUUGGAGAAGGAGAAAAGUCUGCUUGACGAGCAAGGGCUUAAAAUAGCUGAGAAUCAAGAAAACAGCCAGAAGAAUCGCCGAAAGCUUGCAGAGAGCACCAGGGACUUCAAAAAAGCAUCACCUGAGAACAAACUUAGUAUGUUUAACUCCUUGCUCAAGGGGUAUCAAGAAGAAGUGGAUAAUAUUACCAAGAGGGCCAAGUUUGGGGAGAAUGCUUUCCUUAACAUUUAUCAGAAACUCUAUGAAGCACCUGAUCCCUUUCCUGCUCUUGCCUCUAUUGCUGAGCAAGAGCGUAAAUUAUCUGAAGUGGAAUCUGAGAAUCGGAAAAUGAAAGUUGAACUUGAGGAGUUUAGGACAGAAGCGACUCAUUUGAAAAAUCAACAGUCCACAAUAAGGAGACUAGAAGAACGGAACCGCCAGCUUGAGCAGCAGAUGGAAGAAAAAAUUAAGGAGGUUGUUGAGAUCAAGCAACGAAAUCUGGCUGAGGAAAAUCAGAAAACUUUGGAGCUUUUAAAGGAUAGGGAGCAAGCUUUGCAAGAUCAGUUAAGGCAAGCAAAAGAUAGCGUCUCCACUAUGCAAAAAUUGCAUGAGCUGGCACAGAGCCAACUCUUUGAACUUCGUGCUCAAUCAGACGAAGAAAAAGCGACAAAGCAAUCUGAACUUAGUCUAUUGAUGGAUGAAGUGGAGCGUGCUCAAACGCGACUCCUUUCACUUGAGAGGGAAAAGGGACAUCUACGAUCUCAGCUGCAAACAGCUAAUGAAGAUACUGAGAAUAAGAAUAGUGACAAUGUAGAUUCAAAUAGUAUGCUGGAAAAUUCCUUAACUGCAAAAGAGAAGAUUAUAUCAGAGCUUAAUAUGGAGAUUCACAAUGUUGAGACAGCUUUAGCAAAUGAGCGAGAGGAUCAUGUUGCCGAGAUAAAGAAACUGAAUUCGUUGCUCAAUAAAAAGGAUACUAUCAUUGAAGAGAUGAAGAAAGAGCUUCAAGAAAGACCAUCAGUAAAAUUAGUUGAUGAUCUGCGCAAGAAAGUAAAGAUUCUGCAGGCUGUAGGUUACAAUUCAAUUGAGGCCGAGGACUGGGAUGCUGCUACUACUGGUGAAGAGAUGAGCAGAAUGGAGUCACUUCUUCUUGAUAAAAACAGAAAAAUGGAGCACGAGGUCACUCAAUUAAAGGUUCAACUUUCUGAGAAAACCUCCUUGCUUGAGAAGGCUGAAGCCAAGGGAGAAGAACUAACAGCUAAGGUUAAUGAACAGCAAAGACUGAUUCAAAAGUUGGAGGAUGAUAUUUUGAAGGGUUACAGUUCAAAAGAGAGAAAAGGUGCUCUAUUUAAUGAGUGGGAGUUCUCAGAAGCAGGUGUACCUGAGCAGUCUGAGGCUAUGGAUCAGAAGCAUGUUCCAUCAGAUCAAGAUCAAAGCUCAAUGCUGAAAGUUAUCUGCAGCCAAAGAGAUCGGUUCCGAGCACGUUUAAGGGAAACAGAAGAGGAAAUAAGGAGAUUAAAAGAGAAGAUAGGGUUUCUCACAGACGAAUUGGAGAAGACCAAAGCUGACAACGUCAAGCUCUAUGGCAAAAUCCGUUAUGUCCAAGACUAUAACCACGAUAAAGUUGUUUCCCGGGGAUCCAAAAAGUAUGUGGAAGAUGUGGAAAGUGGAUUCAGCUCGGAUGUGGAGUCGAAAUACAAGAAGAUAUACGAGGAUGAUAUCAACCCAUUUGCUGCGUUCUCGAAAAAGGAAAGAGAGCAACGGAUCAAGGAUUUGGGAAUCAGAGAUCGGAUUACGCUAAGCAGUGGCCGUUUCCUUCUAGGAAACAAGUAUGCGAGGACGUUUGCUUUCUUCUACACAAUAGGAUUGCAUGUACUCGUCUUUACUUGUCUCUACCGUAUGUCUGCUCUCAGCUAUCUCAGCCAUGGUGCUGAGGAGACUCCAGUCACAGAAACAACCACAAACCUUCCUCGGGGUUUUUAAUCUUUCAUCCCUUUUAACUUUUUUCGUCUUUCUUUUGUUUUUUGUCUUCUGGACAUUAAAAAAAAAACUGGGUUGAUGAAAUAUUUGUGUACAGAGAGGGAUACAAAUCACUACAUACAUAUAAGCCAUAGAAAAGUUUAAGAAAUUACGGAAUUUUUAUA